AUGUCGUUAGAUACUCUAAUCGACGCCUUCACCGAUUCGCAGAAAUCCCUAUCAAAUCACAAAUCAAAUCAAAUCAAGUUGCGUAAAUUCCACCUGCAACUCCUUAGAGAUGCUGAUCAAUCUGGCUACACUGCCUUCGUGAAGGCUUUUAUUGGCUCACUCACCCGUAUAAUGCAAUUCCCAAAGUCUAAAUCUUACGCUGACAGGGUCAUUGCUUUUGCAACCACUUAUCUCUCGUACGCAUCUGCCAAGGAUCACGAGGAGAGACAUCCCAACGGCGACAACGACGACAGCAACGACGACGACGACCAUCUCCUCGAAUCUCCCUCCUCCGUCCUCUCUUCCGACAUCCUGCGCCAUCUCUUAAAAGGCUUCUCUGCCAAAGACAAAUACGUCAGAUUUCGCUGUGUGCAGAUCUCCAACCUGAUUAUAAGCCUACUAGGCGCUAUGGAUGAAGACUUGUUCGAUUCUCUCUUGGAUUCUCUUCUCGAGAGGAUGAACGAUAAGGAGACAAACAUCCGCCAACAAGCCACUCUUGCUCUGUGCAAACUACAAGCUUCAGACGAUGACAGUGGUGCUAUAGCCAAAUCUCUCAAUUCUGCAAUCACAUCUGAUCCAACUGUCGCCGUAAGAAGAGUCGCUCUCAUAAACGUUUUCCCCACUCCCCUCACAAUCCCCGCCCUCCUCACACGCGCCAGAGACAUCGAUCCUGUCACCCGCAAGUCUGUUUUCGAAGGCUCCCAGCUUAGUGAUGCUUUGAAAGAUGUCCGCAGUAUCCGCCUGAGCCCGCGCGAAAACCUCAUUCGCGCUGGCCUCGGAGACCGUGAUCCAAUCGUCCAAAAGGCCUGUGCCGGUCUGUUAUCGACGUGGGUAGACAGAGCCGACAACAAUCUCCAGCUGUUUCUAGAAUAUUUCGACGUAAUAGACUCACGCGUUGCAGAAGAUGCACUGCUCGCUCUCUUCACACACCGGCCUGACAUAUUCCACGCGGUGCAGCUAGACGAGGGUGCGUGGAGUGCGCUAACGCCAGAGCACGCGCUCCUAGCGCGCGUCUACGUAGACCACUGUGUAGCGUAUGAGGACUAUGCGAAGCUAGAGAUGCUUCCCGUAGUGACAGCUAUGGCGUUCCACAUGCAAAGUGCGUACAACGCGGUCGUAGCGCUAGCGCAGCCCGACGACGACAGCGACGAGCACACAGAUCGGCUAGUAAAUGCGAAUUUUGUGCUAGGUGAGCUACUCAAACUAGCCAUCAACCUCGACUAUGCAGACGAGAUGGGUCGGCGGAAGGUGUUUACGCUCGUACGCGCCCUCCUCAGCUCACCCACCCUCCCCGAGCAGCUGGUCCCUAUUGCGCUCGACAUCCUCGCUAAGCUGUCCGCAUCAGAGCGCGAUUUUCUACUUCUCUCUGUCGAACUCAUCUCGGAGCUGCGUGACUUGCGCAUUGCAGAGGAAGACGAGGAGGACGAGGUGGGCGAUGGGGCUUCGACAAUAGCAACGCCCGCUAAACCGCGUCCUGCCACUGCGCGCAUUCUUAAUGACGCGGAACUUGCACAUAACGGUGAACUCGACCUGCGUAGUUUGGCAGUAGUGAUAGGCAUGCUCGAGCGCGUCAACAGCUCCCUUAUCGAAAAUAGCGCUCUGGGCGGUAUACUUCCCGAUCUCGUUAUCCCCUCGGUCAAGUCGAAAGACGCGGCUAUCCGCGAGCGCGGCCUGCACGCACUCGGGCUUGUCUGCCUACUAGCUGACACACUCGCUAUUGGCAGCUUCCAGAUGUUCAUGAACCAGGCUGAAACCGCACCCGAGCCACUCAAUAUGCAUUCGCUCAAGGUCGUCAUCGACCUGCUCAUGACGCACGACGUGUCCCUCUUUGCGGACAAGGGCGGUCUUGGUCUCGAGUACAUCAACCACUUCCUUCUGCGCACCCUCGACGGUCACACCGCCGAAUAUCAGGCCGUUUCUUGCGAGGGUGUGUCGAAACUGAUGCUGUCGGGCAUGAUAACGGAUGCGAGUCUGUUGCGCGGACUGCUGUAUGUAUACUUCAGUCCGGAAGUCGGUGACAACCAAGCUCUGCGGCAGUGUCUGUCGUACUUCUUCCCCGUCUACGCCUACAGCUCAGCACACAACCAGACAAGGCUCGCCGAGAUAGCGCUUAUCGCCAUAGGCGACCACUGGGAUCGUGAUAGUGACGAGCAAGCGGUGGUGACUGUGGCGCAAGUAGCGACGCUCUUGUCGGAAUGGACGGAUCCGCGCCACCUUGUUGGGAUAACGGGUGAAGCCAACUCACCUGAAUCAGCUACAAAUGCACACCCCCACUCCCUCCUCCAGCAGAGGCUCGCGUUCGACACUCUCAAGGAGCUAUUCGAAGUGGAGGUGAAAGAGGACCGGAAGGCCCUAGUGCAAUUCCUUAUGAAACUGUACAUACCUGGACAUACACCCUUGAAGGAUAUCUGGCUUACGUGUAAGCUGGCCGAGACAGUGCAGGAGCAGCGUCCACUGGCUGAUGCAUUGUCGCGUAAUGCCCUAGCUCGCUUCCUGACCACCCUUCACAAGCAGUUCAAGGCCCUGGGAGAUAUCGAUACCUCCGACGUUGAGUACCACGAGUAUCGGGAGAGCCUCAAUGACGUGUAUAAACAAGCGGGCAUCUUCCAGGUCGAGGACGCAACACCGGUGAAGAAGGCACCCCGCACUAAAACGGCUCCCACCCCGCGCGCUGCCUCUAAAUACGGUGAUAGGUAUACACCCGGUUACAGGAAGACGGAGAAACAACAACCUAAACGCAAAGGUAGCCAGCAUAGCUUAUCGCAAAGCGUUAAAGGUCGCUCGAAAAGCACGAAGAAAUCUUAUAGCAGUAGCGACGAGAGCGAGCCAGGCAUCAUCAGUGAGGAGGAUAGCAGGGCCAGCGAUAGCGACGAUACGGCGAGCGCGGGUAAAGGCAGUCCUAUUGCUAAACCUAAAUAUAAACCUAAACCUAGAGAUAAAGGUGGGCACAAGAAAGUUGACGCUCCUUCGCCGUCAAAACGCACUCGCAACCAGCCUGCCAGAUCUAGGAGUCAGAGUAAAGCUAUCGACUUUAGCGACAGCAAUGACGAUGAACCCGCGGCUGACGACUCAGAGGAUGAAGUUGCCAGCGUGCUUUAG